AUGUCUGAUAGGAGCGAGAGUGAGCUUCCCAAUGAAGCGGAGACUCAUCAUGCAGAGAUUGUCGAGCAGCAGUCUCAGCAAGCUCCCGAGCCUGCAGUGAGCAUUGAACCUGUCCUCGUCUUGCCAGGCCAAACUCCUCCUUCAAGACCUUCACAAGCCAGGUCUCCUUAUGAGCCGUCCCAUUCUGUCCUUCAUGGCCCAUCUCCGCGCGCCGCAGUUCCGGCUGAGACGGAAUCGCCUUCGGUAGCCAGCGCAGGGUUCCCUACAGAUGAGUUGUGCUCAAGAGCACUUAUACACAUCUUGAUGGCAGAUUACCUCGACUUAGUCUACCCGCUGGUUCCCGUCGUCCAUCGGCCCAGUUUCCGUCAUGAUCUGGCCACAAACCGGGAUAUCACCGAUCCGGACUUCUUUGCCGUCCUGAUGAGUUUGGCCGCGCUCACGGUCGGGCUUUUACCGUCGCGCUUCCGCGACUACAGGGCUGUUGACCCUGAGGCUGCGAUGCGCUUUGAAAAUAGAACUGCGAUGAUCAACUGUUGCGCGGAGAUAUGUACUCGACAACGGACUGCAAACUACUGGGACCACAUCAACCAUCGGAAAUGGGCAGUGUGCUAUGUUCUUUCCGUCGCCUGUUUUCAAACGGGCCAGGUUAAUCGGAGCCGGAUGUUCGAUGUGGAGUAUCUGCAAGUUUCGCGACUUCUCGGGCUGCAUCGCAUUUCCGAGUAUGAGGGUCUCAACUGCAUCGAGACCCAGUUACGGAAGAAGGCCUUCUGGAUGCUCUUCUACGGCUACGCGCAUACCAGAGUUCAAGCCGGACGCUGGGAGCGUCUGACAUACUUUGGGCCUGGCGAACUACGCGAGGUCAACUACGAAGCUCUCAUGCCCCUCGACAUUGACGAUGAGCACAUCUUCAGAGAUAGGAUCCUUGAUCCCGGCUCUCCAAUGGCAUCGCACGGAACACCAUCCGCCCAUACGCAGGAACCCCGAGCGACGUUCACACUGACCAGCGGCUUCAUCAUCCACUCCCGGGUAUUUCACAAGGGUCUCCAGGAAGCCAUAGCAACCUUGGGCUGCGAAUGUGAGCUUCGUCGCACCCCUGCCGCUCGUCUCGCGCGCAUGCGCGAUCUUCUCCAAGAGAUGAGAUACAUGCUCGACGAUGUCCCGGGUCCCAUGCGGCAAUGGGCUUCCAACGAUGGGGGUACCGAUGCGGCACCCAGCACACCGCGAUUUGACGAUGAAAGAGCUGCAGCUGCUGCGUCUAGCUAUGGCAGCCCGGCAGACUAUAGCCGUGCUCCGGAGGCCGGAUCCUACUCACAGGUGAUCCAGGGCCAAGCCGAGAUCAUGAGGGCUAACAUCCAUGUCACGCAUCUGUGGUUGCAGAGCUUGCUGCUGGAACAAGUCGACGGUGUCACUCAAGAGAGCGCGAUUGCCAACCCAUCGACGACUGGACGUGAGGAAGUAUCGGCAGCCCUGAAAGCGAACUGGGCUGAGCGUGAGGAUAUUUGCCGUCAAAUGCUGCACUUGCUACACAGCAUCCCAUACGUCCACCUGGAACCAAACGGACUCUACUUGGCAUACAAGGUUCGCGACGUAGCUGUAACGCUACUCAACUGUCCAUUCGAAGCCCAUGAACGGCCUGCCCGUCGUGCGGUGGAGUACAUGCGGGAUUUCACUCGCGCAUUGUCGCGGCUCGAUCGAAGUGAAAUUGUGAAUACGAAUAGUCUGAAAAGCUGGAUCGACAUAGACCGGGAGCCUGCAAUUUGA